CUCGUCCUUCUCUCCCCUCCCCAAAAAAGAAGCGCUGAAUGCGUCGCCAUCAAUCGCGAAGUUGAACCGAGUGGGCUUCCCAUCCGUGAUGUCGAGGCGUGAGCACCCCUGGUUCGCCUACGAGGCGUUUGCGGCGGAGGCCAGGGAGAAGGACGCGCAGACGGAGAGAAUGACCAGACCUGAUAUGGUGCACAUGAGAGUGAGGGUGGAGGUGAGUGCCGCACAAAAAACACACAGACGAACGACAGAGUCUUGUUGGUGUUUUUCUUUCCUUGUGUAGUCGGAGCCCGUGCAGCGGCUGCUCCGCAGAAUCAAGGCGCCCACGGCCAGCAGGACGCAAGAAGAGGGACGCACGACAACAGGAAAACGCCGUGCGGAGGGCGAGCAAGAGGACGAUGGCCGCCCGCCGCUCACCGUGGUGACCCUUCUCCCCGACAAGGCGGCCCAUUAUCCCUACAAGUAUCAGCGGCGGGCGACCAGGGCCCCGCCAAACCUGACACGAGUGGAGGCAAUGGCGCGGAGCGCUGACAGGCCAUCCCCGCCAGCUGCAGCCAAGCAGCGUCGUGACGAGCCAGCGCCCUCGCCGGUCCCACCCUUGCUUCUCCCUCGCCCUCGCCCUCCCCCUUCCUCCCCCACGACUCUCUCCGCUCGGCGGCUGUCAAAGCGUUCACAGCAGGGCGAAGAGGCUGAUACUGGCCGGCCGGAAGAGCAGCAGGAGCGGGAGGACAGAGAUGGAGAUGAGCUGCUGCUGGAGCGCUAUAUCAAGAGAAAGACCCAACAGCAGCAAGAAGGGGUUGAGCAGCCCAGAACGCUCGAGACGCCCUCCACGUGCGCUCCGUCGCAUGUGGCUCCCUCACCGCCUUCCCAGCACUCUCCUCGGCCCCUGUGGUCUGCCUAUCGGGCCCACCGCCGCCUUGAGACCUCUGCAGCAAGAGGUGCCGAGACCGAUCGGCGGCCGAUGACGGCGCCUGUCGGCAGUGCGAGGACAGGACAGGCGAGAGCAAAGGAAGGCAGUUUUGCCACUCCACGCGUCUCGCUCUCGAUUGCCCCGUCAAGCCGCCCGUCGACGAGACGGCGCCAGAGGCCGACUGGCAGACGAGGGGAGUCCCCUCCACCGUCCCGUCUCCUUCCCUCGCCAAAGCACGCCAGCGUGUGGGUGCGCGAGACACUCACCGCCGGACAGAGUCCACGGGCGGCCGCACACGAGGAUGCCAAGCGGCGGCUGGAGGCGGCGAGAGAGCGAUUCCGCUCUAUGCAGCGGCGCCAGGCCGCUGACAGUGAAAGGGAAGAGGUCGUCUUGCUCGCGCUCACUUUCCUCGAGAAGAUCAAAGUAUGAGACAGCACAGAUUCAUAUGGCCGGUCCACACAUAUUUGUCCUGCACACGCACGUGUCUGUCCUGCAUUCUCCUGUCAGGUGGACGAGCUGACAAACCUUACUGAGCUAAAGCGGUCCUUCUCGCGGACCAACCUGGGCCUUGGCGUGUUGGAGGGCGGGCUCGAGGAGGCCGAUCACUUCGAAGACAUCGACGCCCACCCCAUCUCUCUACUCUCGAUGACACAACCUGGCCUGUUGGGUAAGGAUGAGUCGACCACGGUGGCCAAGGGCGACAAGCGGCCUGGGGGCCACCCCAGCAAGAAAGCCACAGGGCCGCUGAUGCGAUCUUCGACAACUAUGAGUCGGCGGACGGUGAGAGAGCGACACCUCAUCCACCAGGUGCUCAAAGCUCUCAGGUCAGUGGGUAGGAGAGUCAGCCGAAAUAUACGUCAAGAGACCCUCGAUCGCCAAUCGAUGUCCUUGACUGUGCGGAUGUGUGUGUGUGUCCGUGCAGGCGGCUGGGAGAGAGGACACAGUCGCACAGACUGGCAUCUACAACCGCUCUCGGCGACGGUAAGUAGGCAAGCAAACAACAUCCGAUCAGCAUACAUACAGUACACUACACGCCCCCUUCGAUGGCUGUGUGCCUGCCGUCAGCUGAAUUGGGCUGGGUGCGUCGGCGCAUUUAUCCCAAGGAGAAGAAACCCGAAAAGAAGUACAGCUCGGUGUGGGGCGAAUCGUCGCCCAUCGGUGGGUCUCCCGCACAGGUCACCCGCGGGCUCUCUCGCCGGUCGGUGUCCCCGUGGCGGCGGACACUCGUCGAGGAGGCCAAGAGACACAUGACCGCUGCUGCUGGGACGACCAGCGCUAUGAGUGACAACCUCCGGUCCGCAUUCAAAAGCGUCAUUCGCAUGGCAAGCCACCGGCCCACACACUCACUCACUCAUCGGCGACACAUCCAAGGGACACGCGUAUGGCUCUCUGCUUGUCUGCGUGUGUGAUCAUGCAGGUGAAGGCUGAUGACGCUGAACGCACCACCACCCGCACCAUUCUUGUGAGCGAGGAGGGCAGCCCGUCUCGCGGCGGCCUCAGCACCCCCGCCGCGUAUACACAUACACAUUCUCACACGCCGUCAGCGGCAUCGUCUGCGGUCGGCGAAGAGGAUGCCAGCCCACCCAUACCGACCAAGUCCAAGCCCUCCCGCCUUGGCAGCAAGAGGCGCGUGACCUUCUCAUUUUAUGAUGCGAGCGGCAACAAGGUGCCGGUGGACAUGUGGGGCGGCGGAGAGGGUGGUGACGACCUGUUGGAGGACGACAGCUGGACGCUCGACAGCAUCUAUAACUAUCGGACGAUGAAGCCCACCCACAUGGAGCCCCUGAGUCGCGCUGAGAUGGAGAGGGCCAUGCUGUGCCUGAGGCUGGAGCAGUGGUGGUCUCAACAUGUGACACACCUGCAGCGCCUCUUCCCGCGCCCACCACCACCACUGCCACCCGUAUUCGGUAACAAGCCAACACAUACAUGUUUAUACAGCCGCAUUUCGUGUCUCCUUGUGAUUAUGUGUCCCUGGCCGGCUUCGGAUGGAUGCAUGGCAGACGGGGAAAUGGCUGAGCUCCCACCAGCUCCCGUCUCUCCAUCUGCUGCGAUGUCAGACUCCCAGAGGGACAAUGACAGCACAUCACACACCGGUAGCAGCAGCAGCAGCAGCGCCAGCAGCAGCUCGGGUGAGAAGAGCGGAGGUCAGGCAUCCCGCCGGGCUGCCGCCAACGGCAGGAAAGGCAGCACGAAGCGCCGGAAGUCGUCCCAAAACCAGGGAAGGCGAAAAUCCAACGCCAGAAACAGAGUCAAGCCACGUGAGCCACCCGCAAUACACGACUACGAAAACCGAGCGAGCACCUGCCACACGGCUGUGUAUGUCUGUCUGUCUGUCUGUUUGUGUGGUUGAGUAGUGCCUGUGAGUGGGAUGCCGCUGAGUGGUGCGAUGAAGGCGGCAUUGUCUCCCCCGGCCGACGCCACGCCGGGAAGGGACGAGAGGCGGCGGUCAUCGGUGGCGGGCCACGUGGGCGGCACUGCGGGUCUGUGGGGUAAGGACGGCGUGCCGAGCACGGCCGGCGAGCUCCUGCAGUGUCUGCUGCCGCACACCAUGACGCGAGAGGAACUCAUACACAGAUGGCGCGGACAAGCACCCGCACAAGCAGAACUCAGGUGGGCAGCCACGCACAGAGAGAUAGAUAGAUGGCAGGAUGCUCGCAUUGUGGGCCGGUUGGUUGUAUCCACUCUCGGAUCGUUGAUCCAUGUCCGUUCACCUAAGUGUGUGUAUGUGAAUGUGUGUACACGUGUCGUACACAUGCGUACAGGGCCCGCCGUGUGCGUUUGGCGAUGGAGAAGGUGCGGCAGCAGCUGGCACAGGCAGAAGACACGCACAGAAGGGUCAGACAGACGGACAUCUUCGUUCGCGUGUUACGUUGUGCAUGUCUGUCUGUCUGUCGGCAUCGCUGCAGGUCCAGAUAUGCUACCAGCGUCUUUACAAGCAGAAGGACGAACGACGCAUGUACGAAAGAGAACUCGAAGCUCUCACCAAGCGGAAACACUUCACGGUACACACGUAGGAGGGAAGCUUGACGCACUCGUGCGCACCCACCCACCCACAGUGUCAUACACUCACCGUCCUGGCCCAGCUUCUCGGUCAUAUCCUGUAUAUGUUCGUCCAGGUGCAGCGAGGUCGUGAUGCAGCUGGCAAGAGCCGCGUGUCUCAGCUGCAGGCAGCCAGGGCAGACUUGACCAAAGAGAUCAACAAGGCCAGAGCUGACAGACACUGGUCCGUGGUCAUCUGUACUGCACGUCGUUCUCGCAUUCCCACAUUGUGUUCGUGCGCCUGUGUGCUUGUGUGUGUGUGUGUGUGUGUGUGUGUGAAGGUAUGAGGUGCGGCGUGAGUUGUUUGACGUAUGUGAGGACCUCUGCCAUGCACUGGAGGAGCAGCGCAACCUCUCACACACACUGCAGACACGAACAGCCACUGCCUCUGCAUCAACACAGCAGGAAGGGUGCCCGGCACCGCACGAUUGAUAUACAGUAUGGCUGUGCGCACGACACGUGACGUGAAGUAGACGUCGGUGCUACUCUACACACACACUGGACGUCCAUUUCUCGUGUCGGAUGAUUAAUAUUCGGAUGAUGGCGUUCGAUCCUGGAGUCACCGUGGCCCUUUCCUUAUGGUGGCGGGACUGAUGGCGGCGGUGCCAGGAUGGAGUGUGUGUGGUGUGUGUGUGUUGUUUGUGUGUGUGUGUGCGUGUGCGUGUGCGUGUGUGUGUGUGUGUGACAUCUCCGUCAUGAAGGAAAGAUUCUCAUCGUGUGUGAAUAUUGACAUCAAACAAAUACAUGUGGCCG